UCCCGGAGCGGUGUCCCCGCGCGCGUCCCGCCGCGUCCAGUGCCGGCCGCCACCCUGUCGCCGCGCCAUGCUCCUGCUGCUCGGACUGUGCUUGGGGCUGCCGCUCUGCGCGGGGUCUCUGGGAGAGGCGCGGAGCUGGGGUGACACUUCGGAGCCCGUUGGAGUCAGGGUCCCGAGGCAACUCAGGCUGUUGCAAAGACUGAAAGCCAAACCCUUGAUGACAGAGUUCUCAGUGAAGUCUACCAUUAUUUCUCGUUAUGCCUUCACUACGGUUUCCUGCAGAAUGCUGAACAGAGCGUCUGAGGACCAGGAAAUUGUGUUUCAGAUGCAGAUUCCAGCCGCCGCUUUCAUCACCAACUUCACUAUGCUUGUUGGAGACAAGGUGUAUCAGGGAGAAAUUACAGAGAGGGCAAAGAAAAAUGGUGAUAAGGUAAAAGAGAAAAGGAAUAAAACCACAGAAGAUAAUGGGGAGAAGGGGACAGAGACCUUCAGGGCCUCAGUAGUGAUUCCCAGCAAGGACAAAGCCGUGUUCCUCCUCAGUUACGAAGAGCUCCUGCAGCGGCGGCUUGGGAAGUAUGAGCACAUCAUCAGCGUGCGCCCCCAGCAGCUGGUGGGGAGGCUCACGGUGGAAGUGAACGUUCUAGAGAGGUCGGGCCUCGCGUCGCUGGAGGUGCUGCCACUGCACAACAGCCGGCAGAAGGGCAGCGGGAGGGGCGAAGAUGAUUCUGGGCCACCUCCUUCUACAGUUGUCAACCAAAAUGAAACUUUUGCCCAAGUCACUUUUAAGCCUACUGUGGUACAACAAGCCAAGAUUGCCCAGAAUGGCAUUUUGGGAGAUUUCAUCCUUAGAUAUGAUGUCAAUAGGGACAAGAGCAUUGGGGACAUCCAGGUUCUGAAUGGCUAUUUCGUGCACUACUUUGCCCCGAAAGACCUUCCUCCUUUACCCAAGAACGUGGUAUUUGUGCUUGACAGCAGUGCCUCCAUGGUGGGAACCAAACUCCGGCAGACCAAAGAUGCCCUCUUCACGAUUCUCCAUGACCUCCGACCCCAGGACCAUUUCAAUGUCAUUGGAUUUUCCAACCGGAUCAAAGUGUGGAAGGACCAUUUGGUAUCAGUUACUCCCGACAGCGUCAGAGACGGCAAAGUGUACAUUCACCACAUGUCGCCCACGGGAGGCACAGACAUCAACGGGGCCCUGCAGAGGGCCAUCAGGCUGCUCAACAACUACGUGGCCCACAACGACAUUGAAGACCGCAGCGUGUCCCUCAUCAUCUUCCUGACGGAUGGGAAACCCACGGUCGGGGAGACCAACACCCUCAAGAUUCUGAACAACACCAAGGAGGCCACGCGAGGCCAAAUCUGCAUCUUCACCAUCGGCAUUGGGGAUGACGUGGACUUCAAGCUGCUGGAGAAGCUGUCGCUGGAGAACUGUGGCCUCACACGGCGCGUCCACGAUGAGGACGACGCGGGCUCACAGCUCAUCGGGUUCUAUGAUGAAAUCAGGACCCCUCUCCUCUCUGACAUCCGCAUCGAUUAUCCACCCAGCUUGGUGGAGCAUGCCACCAGAACCCUGUUCCCUAACUACUUCAACGGCUCAGAGAUCAUCAUUGCCGGGAAGCUGGUGGACAGGAAGAUGGAUCAAUUGCACGUGGAAGUCACGGCCAGCAAUAGUAAGAAAUUUGUCAUACUGAAGACAGACGUGCCCGUGGGGCCGCACAAGGUUGGGAAUGGUGUUACGGGAAGCUCCAGGCCCAAGGGUGAUGGCAAGGAGGACCCCAACCAUCUGGAGCGUCUUUGGAGCCACCUGACCACAAAGGAGCUGCUGAGUUCCUGGCUGCAGAGUGAUGAUGAGCGGGAGAAGGAGCAACUGAGGCAGAAGGCUCUGGCUCUGGCCAUGAACUAUAGCUUCCUCAUCCCGUUCACAUCCCUGAAGCUGAAGAAAUCCGCCCAGCCGACGGAGAAACUGGAGGACACCCAUGGCAUGUCGGCCGCCAUAGGGCCGGAAACCGUGAUGCAGAGCCUGAGAGGCGCCCCCCUGCAGCCAGGACCUGCUCUCAAGGAACCGUACACCCCAAGAAUUAAAAUCUCCAAAACAUCAGUGGACGGAGAUCCUCAUUUUGUUGUGGAUUUCCCCUUGAGCCAGCUCACUGUCUGCUUCAACAUUGAUGGGGAGCCCGGGGACAUCCUAAGGCUAGUCUCUGAUCACAUGGACUCUGGUGUGACAGUGAACGGAGAGUUAAUCGGGGCCCCCGCGCCUCCAAACGGUCACAAGAAACAGCGCACUUACUUCCGCACCAUCACCAUCCUCGUCAAUAAGCCCGAGAGGUCUUACCUGGAGAUCACGCCAAGCAGAGUCAUCCUGGAUGGUGGGGACAGGCUGGUCCUCCCCUGCAACCAGAGCGUGGUGGUGGGGAGUCGGGGGCUGGAGGUGUCGGUGUCCGCCAAUGCCAACGUCACCGUCACCAUCCAGGGCACCAUAGCCUUCGUCAUCCUCAUUCACCUCUACAAAAAGCCAGCACCCUACCAGCGAGACCACCUGGGCUUCUAUAUCUCCAACAGCAAAGGCCUUUCCGGCAACUGCCACGGACUGUUAGGUCAGUUCCUGAACCAGGAUGCCAGAGUCGCAGAGGAGCCUGCCAGGCUCAGCAAGAACCUUACUAGUCCUCCGUUCCCUAAGGCAGGCGAGAGGCCUGAGACCGUCCUAAAGGUGAAAGGGCACCAGGUCCCGGUGGUCUGGAAGCAGAGAAAAAUCUACAACGGGGAAGAGCAGAUAGACUGCUGGUUUGCCAGGAACAACGCCGACAAACUGAUUGAUGGGAAGUACAAGGAUUACCUGGCCGCCCAUCCGUUUGACUCAGAGACUGCGUUUGGCCUGGGAACAUCCAGGGCACUCUGACACUAGCAGCCUUAACGUAAGAGCCCAUGACAGGGAAAUGGUCUGCUGGGACACCAUGGUGCAGUUCUUGUCGCUUGCACAUGCCUCGUCUCUUGGCCAUUGGCAGCAACCCAUGACCUACCCCUGGCGGCGUGUAGGUCCAACGUCUGCUUGAGCAAAGGGUAGGGUCAGGAAGCUGAAGUGAAAAUGUUAUUUCCUUCUCCUUCCUCCUCCUGCCUCCCCCUUCCUAUCCACAAUAGAGAAAGAUGGUGGCAUCAAGGGGGAAGGCCUAGUUAAAGCAAGAAGUCUCUAACUUGUACCAACUGGCUUGUCUGUCUCAUGGCUACCAGGAGGUAACUCUGAUGAGGGAAGGUUGUGCAAAGUUUCUUUCUCUGUGGAAAUGACCAAGUUUGGGUACUCUGUUCGUUGCCUUAUACUAAUGCUUAGGAACCUCUCCUCUUAGUACUGGGGCCUUCUCCAGAUGUGUGGCCAACCUCUGCCUCAGGGGAACCUCUCACUGGGCCCAGGCCACGGGUCAUGAAAUAGCAUGUGGAUUUGAUCACUGUAAACAAUUAAGUCUUUUCUUUGGAGAGGAUUUUCUUCUGCUGUGGUAACUUGCCCUUGAAAAUAAGUUUUCCUUUUAAAAAAAAUUGAUUGAAAAGAGAAAAUCUAUAUCCCAGAUGUCGUUAUCUUUCUGAUGGGCUUUGUCAACCACUUGACUUUGCUGUUGGAUAGUCUCCUAUUUAUUCCAGGAAGCUAAGUGCUUUUAAUAAACAGGACAGCCCCAUGUGGAUGUUUUGUACUGGCCUGUCUUGGUGCUGGCGAGCCAGCCAAAUGACAAAUUUUUCACUUGGCGCUCUUCCGCCUUUGUCGUAAUUCCAGGUCUUACUUGCUCACGGUCCUCCAAGAGGUGGUAAAUUAGGUUCUCGCAGGACGGGAAUGGGAGGUGAAGCCAGCCCAGAGCGCGUCCAUCAGCCUCCCUACAGGAACCAACUUGCACAUCCUCAACACGUGGGGUGAACAUGCUUACAAAAUCUAAGAAGCCUUCCCACCUCUCAAAUAGGCAAAGCCGGGAAAUCACCUAUGAGUGAGGGGCUUUGGUUCCAGAACAUGGACAAUUCUGAUCCUAUAGGGAAAGGUUAAAAUCAGUGGGGGCUUCAAAAGUCCGUGACUGUCACCCUUCUCCUUGCAGACACCCUCUGUGAAGCUCGUUCAUGUUAUCAAGGGGAGGUGAGGCUGCUGAUGGCAUUGGUGCCCCUUUCUCAUCCUCAUCACCAAUUCUUGCUUUUUGCUCUCUUUGGCCAUCUCAGGAUCACUCAGUUUCAAUAAACCUCAUCCUCAUGGCGUGAGGAGUGUGGUCAGGAUGUAGAUGGAUGCAGGGGGCACUUGAGCCAGACGGCGAAGAAAGAAAGCUUUGGGUCAGAGAAAUAGAAUAUUUUGAUGUGAGACUGAAUUAAAGAAAGGCUUUUGUGCUGGCUUCACAGGAGGUUUCUUCCAGGCGGAGCGACUCCACAUAAUGCACACUUAGCACUUGGAGAGAAAUCAGAGUCAAGAGCAGUGUUUCUCAUAGUUACUCUCCGAUGGGAAACAUCUGAGCAGCAAAAUGACAUCCACAUGUCCCUGUUGGACCAGGCGGCUUCAGGAGAUUAAGUUAGUGCGGGGGCAGUUUUCAGUUCUGUCUCAGAGUCUUAGUCUCUGUCCACUUGGUGAACCCACCCAACGAUGGCCUGCCAGCUGUGAUAUUUUUCACUCGCAUCUUCCCAAACUCAGCUGCCUGUUUUCAUGCCAGCGAGGUGAAGACACCAGCCCAGGCUGCUGGCAGAUGCUUCCAUAUUUUAGAGCUCAGAGCAGGAGGAAAAGCCUGAGCCCAGGCUAGCCCAUGCCUGGUCCCGCUCCAUGGGGACCUUCUGAUUAUGAAAUCUCACUCCCAGCUGGGCAGGCAUCCUGUGAGCCAAGAGGCCAACCUGUUGUGUUGGCACUUGGAGCAAUGAUCUGUGAUCCAGGUGUGGGCCUCGAAGCUGCAGAGAGCAGGGUAUUGCUAGUCAUUACCAGUUACUACUGCUUCUGUGGCUACUUAUCCAAGAGCAGAGAAAAAUGUUCCAGUGGGCGACCCAUUAUUUACUCUCACGCCCCCAAAAAAAUUUUUUUUAGUAUCGAAGUUGAACUUUUACUUUACCGUUUUUACUUUAGACAAAUACCACUUUUUUUCCUCCUCCUCUUCGGUUAUCUAUCAUUUUUUACUGCAAAAGGUAUUUACCAUUAAAAUUUCUAUUUUAGCCAGAAACUGUGAUAUCUCUGAGCCCGAAAUUCAAACACCAAUGUUAGACUUAGGAUCUUUUAAUUUGACUGAAAAUAUUGUGUUUUCUGUUGGCCAUAUGAGUUUUGAACAGCAAGCUCUUUUAAAGUCAGUGCAGAGGAAAGGAGGAAUUCUCUUCUCACUUGGGGAAACUGAGGCAGGAGGCACUUGGCUGAUAUGUCCCACGUUAUAUAAGACUUACAUCAGGGCCAGGCUGAACCUCCAGAACUUAUUUUGUUGGCUUUGACAUGAUUUCACCAUCUGAGCAAGCACUGAUUUUCCUUGAGCAUUUAUACAUAGCAAGGGGGGGGACCAAAUGAGCAGCUGAAUGAGAUUGAGAAUUAGGUCACAAUUAGAGGAGCUAGAGCGCAGGUUAUCAUCAGGGCCAGUGUUCAUGAGUCAUAACAAUUGGCCAGCUAGGAUCUUCAAUGUCUCCAUCUCUGCAUUCUCAUAUCCUCCCACAUCUGAAAGACAGGCAUCUGAAUGGUCAUCCUUUAGGGUCUCCUAAUUUGAAGUUUCACAUUCCCAAAGUAAAGUGGGCUGGACAUUCUCUACCUACCAUUCUAGGUGCUUCAUCUUCUGUGACGCAGGCUACUGGGAAGUGAAAAGGGCAGCUCUUUGUUCCUAUCAGGUGGAACAUUAAAUCUUUAAUUAACAUGUAACCUCACAGGUGGCUGAGGGACAGGAUUGAUUUCUUUACAUUUAUCUCUUGGCUAAACGGAAUGCUAUGGACUGAAUGUUUCACCAAAAUUCACAUAUGGAAGUCUAAAUCCCAGUGUGACGGUGUUAGGAGGUGGGGCCUUUGGGAGGUAAUUAAGUCAUGAGGGUGGAGCCCCCAUGAUGGGAUUAGUGCCUUUAUAAGAAGAAACGGGAGAGAUGACCUCUCUCCUCUCCACCCCGUGGACACAGUAAGAAGACGGCGUCUGAGAACCAGGAAGUGGGCCCUCAUUAGACACAAAUCUACCGAUGACUUGAUCUUGGACUUCCAGCCUCCAGAAGUGUGAGAAAUAAAUGCUUGUUGCUUAAGCCCCCAGUCGAUGGUAUUCUUGAUAUAGCAGCCCGAGCUAAGACACUGAAUCACUCAAAAUAUAAAUUCUGUUUCCUUUCUUCAAGCUAUCCAGAAUGUAUUACAAACAAUGCUCUCACUAAAAUUUGAAGGACUCUUGAAACCAUAAAAAUGUGGUCUGGCUAAAAUAAACAGCAAAUAAAAUAAUACAGCUAAGCAAAUACUUAGAAAUGUGUCUUUAAAUAUUUAUUUUACUCACUUUAAAAUAAUAAAUAGGGUACAAGAGAGUUCACAUCCAGGAGACAUUUUCCUUAAAAAUUGGUAAGAGAAUGACGUGUAAAAACAAACAACGUAUUGAUAUGUUUAUGUUUUGAAAAUGGAAUUAGGGCUGUAAAAAAUAAAACUUGAUGAUGCUAACUGCACUGCUUGUUUGUAGGAAUUUCUAAAUUACAUAAAAUGGCAUGUAGAUGAAGUAGUGACAUCCAAAGAAUGUUAAAACAAAAUAAAAUCCCGUAUAGAACAGCAAAUGGACAGCGGCCAUUCCUGACCUUUUAUAAAACCAUCAAAUACACAGAGAAGUAUCUUAGGCCUCCCAGUUCAUCAUUUUCUGGGGACCCUGGGAUCCCAAAACUUUUACGCACACUGCCCAUCUUCUUGCUCGGUGCUUCUUCCACUUCGCUCUGAGUCAAGCAGCAUUUCUAGCUUGUGGUUCGGGCAUCCCCACCUCCAGGUAUGAGUGGUCCUGCCUGAUCUUACUUAGAUUCCCACUGAGCAGUGUUAAAUUCUGACUGGAGCAGCUGCUGAUUAGAACCAACCCAGACACAGAACACGAGCGAGACCUCACUGGGACGCUGUAUUAAAGAGAAAACAAGCAAAUUCUGAACCCAAGGGCGUGAAGUCAACUUCUCUGGGUUUGGCUUCUUUACCUGUAGAAUGAAGGCACUUGACUAGAUCAUUUCUAAGAUCCUAUCAUCUUUAUCUUCUGCCUGCAGAUGAAGAAACUUCCUGAUCUUCCAAGGAAUAAAUGCAAAAGGAUUCGUUUGUGACUCCAGUGUAUUUCGAGGUCCAGGCCCAGGGAUUCACAGGACAACAGACAAAGUUCAUGCCUCCAUGGAGUUCAUGGUUUAAAGCAGAAGAUAGAAUGAAUGCAAAGAUUGAAACAGAGUGAGGAAUCCUGUAAGACAGCUCUGCAGAGGGUUGUUACCUGAGCACAGAGGAGGCACAAUUAGGAAGGUCGGAAGGUGUUGGGAAACCAUUCUAAAGAUGGAUAGUGUUGAGCUGCAAGGAAGAAGAGCAUAUAUGGAGGCACCCACAUGAAAUAUUUUUUCUAUAAUGUUAGGCAGCUGGGAACGUUUUUCAAACUGAAGCCAUCUUCUUGCCCCAUUUGGUUUCAGACGGCGCACUGUAGAUUCGUUGGUUAUGGAGAACCCAUGAUGGAUAAUGCUUGGUGGAACCCCAGGUUCCUCACUGCCUUGACCUUGUCCCAGAUCUGUCUCCAGCCUUGCAUCCACAUCACCUGCUUCCUUCACUCCCCUCCCGAGAUACGGAGAAUGCCUGGGGAAAGGCACAGAGCUCUACCAUGGGUCCAUUCAGUCAACAGGGCUCCUGCUGGCAUCCAGCAAAACUUACAUCAUCUGUUUUCCCUGAAGUGCAUUGGCGUCAAAGGCUACUGCAUUCUGCUUCAGCUUUCUAGACCAGCUCCUCCCACAGCUUCCACCGCAGUUUGCCUCCUAUUUUGCUGAGAAAACUGCAGAAGGAGCUCCCUUGUUUACCAUCUCCUAUCAAAUUGGCUGUGUCAUCACAUGGCUCUAUCAUCUUCAUACCCCCUUCCUUCCAAGUAUAAUUGUCUCCCUUCAGCCUGGAUCCCCUUUCUUCUCACUUCCUCUGGCCAUUUGCCUCCAUUAUUCCCUUUCUUUCUAGACUCUCCAGACACCUAGUCCCCAUCGAAUUCUUCCCUCUUGACUUCAGAAGUCUCCUCUGGUCUGAAGCUGGUGCCCCUGAUCGGGCUCUUAGGCUUCCAUCUUUUCUUUUAUUUCGGUGUCAGGCUUAUGCUUGUAGUAGAUAUUUGAACUCUCAUUUCUUUCCACCUCCUAGUCAGCUCCUUAACUCAUCAGAUUAAGCUUCUGUCUUCACCAGGUUGAUGGAACUGUGUCUCAGACGUCACAUUAGCAUUCUCAACGUCCAGUUCCAGCGAUAGCGUCUUCCAUCUCCACGCAUGACUCUGCUGGCCUCUUCCUCUUUGUUGAAAUGCUGGACCCAUUUGCUUCUUUAAUGUGAUUAAAAAUGUUUUUUCCUAUUCUCCUUUGCUGAAUGUCUGUCCUCCUACAGUCUCUGGACUCACCCUUAGCUUCAUCCUUGGUCCUUAGCACUUUCCAGUCUACAUUUUCUCUCUCGGAGAUCCCACCCAACUCAUGGCUUCAACAUCUGGCUCUGCAUAGAUGGCCCCGAAUAUAAAUCUGCAGUGUUGCCUACUGGGGGCACUUCCCUUUAGUUAUCCCAGCAUCACCUCAAACUCGGGAAUAAAAGCAAACUUUCCAUCUUCA